AUGCGGCGCUGUGCUGCUGCAAAGGUUAAGUGGUCUGCGCCGCUGCGGCCUCGACUUUGCUGCUUGGCAGCAGCAGCAGCAGCAGCAGCAGGUGCUGCUGCUGCUGCUGUUGCAGCUGCUGCCUCUCGUAUGCCUUGGUGUAGGGCCGCAUGGACAACGGAAAGCAGACCCUGCUGCUGCUGCGCAAGAGCUAAAGGUUUACUUUCUGCUGCAGUCUCUGUUUCAGCAGCAGCUGCUGCGGACUCCGUUCCAGCUGCUGCUGCUGCUGCUGCUGAAGGCAGCAGCAGCAGCGGGGACAGGCGGUGCCUCAGAAGGGAACUUAAGAAAGAAGGCAGUUCGCGCUGUUCCUCGCAGCUUGCUUCGUCGAGGUCCAGCAAGAAAGUGAAGAACAACAGCAGCAUCUGCAACAGCAGCAACGAAUUGCAGCAAGGGUUGACAAUCAGCAGCAGCAGCAGAAGGACCAAUAGCGCGCUAACACGUGCUGUUGCUGCUGCUGCUCUUCGUGUUGCUGUCGGUGCUGCUGCUGCUGCUGCCGCUUCUUCUGCUUGCGACUCUUCCUCGCCUGCGAGUUUCGAUGUUGACCAACUGGCUGCUGCUGCUGCUGUUGCUGCUGCUGUUGCUGUUGCUGUGGCUGCUGCUGCUGCUGCUGCUGCUGUGGCAGUAACAUGCAUAUGA